AUGCACAAUCUACCUGACAAUCCUCUCCCACCGUAUUGGCUGUCCUAUGAGAGUGGUCUCUCGCAACAUCGAACAACACCAGAAUUACCCAGUGAAGCCGAUGUUGUCAUCAUUGGAUCCGGCUACUCAGGAGCCGCUGCAGCCUACCAUAUCCUAGAAAAGGAUGACGGCCGCAGACCCUCGGUAGUCGUGCUAGAAGCCCGAGAUACUUGUUCUGGUGCCACCGGACGCAAUGGUGGACAUCUCAAGCCAGCCUCGUAUAGCCUCGCAUCGUACAACGAAAAGACCUAUGGCACCAAGACGGCUCGAAAGCUGCUCGAGUACGAAUUUGAUCAGGUCUGGGAUGUCAAAAGGCUGGUUGAGAAGGAGUCUAUUGAUUGCGAUUUCGUGCUCACUCGGGGCAUGGAUGUCUACACCGACCCAGAAGUUGCUAAAACAGUUUUAGCAACCUUUGAGUCCUUGAAACGGGAUGGAUUCGAGUUUCCUGACGAUUUGUAUGUUGUCACAGAUCCUGCAAAGGCAGAGCAGAUCUCUGGAGUCAAAGGAACGUUACUCUUGUUCUCAUUCACCGCAGGUUCGGUCUGGCCCUAUAAACUCGUUUCUCAUCUAUGGCGUCGUUGUCUAGAAUGGGGAGCAAACCUGCAGACAUUCACGCCAGUCUUGUCAAUGGAUCAGUCGUCCAAUUCUGAUGGCCGUUGGAUUUUGAAGACCCCUCGGGGCACAAUCGCUGCAAAGAAGGUAUUGCUCACAACCAACGCGUACACCUCGAAUUUACUCCCAGACAUGGAGAACAGGAUCACCCCCGUCAAGGGUGUUGCUUGUAGAAUUGCGGUUCCCAAUCAAGGUAAAGUGGCACCACAUCUGAACAACACAUACAGCAUUCGAUUUGGUCCACAAGAGUACGACUAUCUGAUUCCCAGAACUGAUGGCAGCAUCAUUGUGGGCGGGGCCAAACAAGUCGUCUUGCGCGACGAUGACAAUUGGCUAGGCAAUGCGAAUGACUCACAGAUGGUCGCUGGCGCAGAAGAAUACUUUGACAAUUACAUGCAACGACUCUUUAGUGGAUGGGAGGAGUCUGGCGCACAAGUGACCGAUAUCUGGACGGGAAUCAUGGGUUACGCAGCCGACCUGAAGCCGUACGUGGGAGAAGUACCCAACAAACCAGGUCUCUUCAUUUCAGCGGGCUUUACAGGCCAUGGCAUGCCCCAAAUUCUCGGAUGCUCGACUGCAGUGGCUUCUUUGAUCCGAGGAGAUAUUCCUUCUCUUGAGGCUACAAACCUCCCACGCCCAUAUUGGAUCACUCAAGAGCGAUUGCAGUCGGAAGCCAAUCUGGUUCGAGAGUACAUGGCUGGUUCUCGUCCUUCUCGGUCAUGA